AUCCACCACACUAAAGUAUAAUAAUGGAAGAGCAGCCCACCAGUGAACCAUCCAUAUCAGGCUUCGUCCUGGCUGAUUACGCAGUCUUUGCAGCGAUGUUGUUCGUCUCUAUGGCCAUCGGACUCUUCCAGGCCCUGAAGAAGAGCCAGAGGGAGGCCAGUGCUGAUGACUUCUUCACUGGGGGUCGGAGCAUGCCGGCAGUGCCUGUUGGGCUGUCUCUCUGUGCCAGUUUUAUGUCAGCAGUCCAGGUCCUGGGUGUUCCCUCUGAGGCUUCCCGCUAUGGCUUUAAAUUCCUCUACAUGUGCCUCGGACAAAGCAUCAACUCCCUGCUGACAGCUUACCUCUUCCUGCCAGUUUUCUUUCGACUGGGCAUCACCAGUACCAAUCAGUAUCUGAAGAUGAGAUUUGGCAGAGGGAUGCAGCUGUUGGGGAGUAUCCAGUUUCUUGUGGCGACGCUGCUUUACACAGGGAUUGUCAUCUAUGCACCUGCCUUGAUCCUUAACCAAGCUACUGGACUCAACAUGUGGGUGUCUCUGUUUUCUACUGGCAUCAUUUGCACCAUGUACACCACACUGGGUGGCAUGAAAGCUGUGAUCUGGACCGAUGUGUUCCAGAUUAUCGUCAUGUUGUCGGGCUUUGUGGCCAUUUUCAUCUACGGCACAGUUCUGGUCGGUGGUCCUGCAAUGGUCCUGGAGAUCGCCAACAAUGGAUCACGCAUUAAUUUUAAUGAUUUUGACGUUGACCCUCGGCAGCGCUAUACCUUCUGGAGCCUGUCUGUUGGGGGUGCAUUUGUUUGGCUUUCCAUGUACGGAGUAAACCAAGCUCAAGUCCAGCGCUACAUCUCCUGCAGAACGGAAAGAGAGGCCCAGUGGGCGCUGUUUGUGAACCAAGUGGGUCUGUGCCUGAUUGUGAGCAGUGCAGCAACCUGCGGCAUCGUCAUGUUUGCUUAUUACAUCUACUGUGAUCCGCUGAAGUCUGGGAGGAUUUCUGCCCCUGAUCUGUACAUGCCUUACUUUGUGUUGGACAUAUUCAAAAGUCACCCUGGCUUCCCAGGUCUUUUCCUUGCCUGUGCGUACAGUGGGACUCUCAGCACGGCCUCCACAAGUAUCAAUGCAAUGGCUGCAGUAACAAUGGAGGAUCUGCUGCGACCUCAUCUGCUCCACAUGACCCAGAAGAAACUGAUCUUGGUUUCCAAAGGACUGUCGUUGCUGUACGGAGUUAGUUGUAUCACCGUAGCUGCUCUCUCCUCCCUGUUGGACUGGGGAGUUCUUCAGGGGUCGUUCACCGUCAUGGGUGUGGUCAGUGGUCCAUUACUGGGCGUAUUCAUUUUGGGGAUGUUUGUCCCAGCAGCAAACAGGCUGGGGGCGUUCUCAGGAAUAUUAGUGGGCUUCUGUGUCUCUCUGUGGCUGGCAGUCGGUUCAACCCUUUACCCGCCUAGUGAGGAGACCAUGGGUGUCCUGCCAAGCUUUGCAGGCGAGUGUGGAUCCAACAACGUCACCCUGAACAGCAGCCCUAACCAAGACGAACACUCCAUCUCCACACUGCUUCGCCCCAAUAACCAGGGGGGCCUGCUUAACUUCUACUCCAUGUCCUACCUCUACUUUGGUGCCAUGGCGACUAGUUCGGUCGUGCUAGUUGGGCUGAUAGUGAGCUAUGCUACAGGACCAACAAAGAGGAGUCAUAUUAAAGAGGGUUUGUUAUGGUGGGAUCUGAACAAAAAACAAGUAGAGGUCCCAUCAGAGCGCAGAACUGGAACAAUGCCCAGGAUGUUUACCUGCUUUCGGCACAAUGCAUGCUGGGAUGCACACAUGAGCCUGAAUAGCAAUAAUCAGGGAGACAAGAUGACAGAUAAACCACAGCUCGUGCCUUUGAGGGAACUGCAUAGGGAAGAUGCAAAUGAAAAAGAAGAAGAACCAACAGAUGCUGGGAACAUUAAAUCACCUCUCAGAGUUUAGGUGUUGGACAACUAAACGUUUUUUGUAAUCUCAAAUAGCACUGAUGAUAGUGACAUUUACUCUCUAUUGGCAGAAACCUUUUUAAUACUCGUCUUUUUCCUGGUCAAUUCAACUUUUUGUCUCUUUGUAUAUCCUAAGUCUGCCCCACAUUUGGAGCUAAGUUUAGGUGAAACAAGAGGCUUUUUAAGAAAUAUAUUUCUUAAAAAUGUGAUUGUAGGCCUUUAUAAUUGUGCCAAAGAACAUAUAGACUGUAAUCAAAUACCCUCCGAUGUUUAAAAAAAAAAAUAUUUUAAUGUUGAAAGGCUCUUUCAUCAGGACAUUCAUUCUGGUAUGUCCCAUAUCUGUAGCACUGCACACCUGCACUUCAAACAGUGUUAAUAGAUAUGUGACAGGCAGUGUCUGGGCUUUGU